AUGCCUCUCCCAAAUCAACCGCCGCCGCCGGCGACCGGGCGCAUCUAUAAGCCGGCGGAUACUUCAAUCUUCGAGCCACGGCUCAAGGCUGCAAAUCGGGAGAGAUCGGAGCUUCUCCACAAGAUCCGGGAGUCGUAUGAUCGUGCCCGCAAGCGGCUCGCCAUGGCGACGGCAUUCAUAGAGGAGAUUUUCCCGAGCGCUCCCUGGACGGCCUUGUCGCCUUCCUCAAUCCUCACCACCUUCUUCCGCUACCUCGCUGACUGGGAAGCCGUGCGCUACCUGCUCCUCGCCGACACCGAUCUCGUCUUGGCGGUGCGCCUCGUCGUGCAUGACAGGUCUCUCUCUUUCUUCGACUUGAACUCCGAUAGCAGCAAGUCCGUCGUCCGCACUGCCCUCAUGUGCGCCGCGCUGGCCUCUAAGCACAUGGAUCCCCACCACCUCGUCCACACCUGGCUGUCGCCGAUUUGCCCUCUGGAACAAGUCGUCCCCGCAAUCCAGAAUGACAUCAAUAAAUUCACCUGCGACCCACUGUAUGAUGCUUGCAGGGGUCCUGGCAUGCAAAUGCAACCCCUUGAUUUCGCUUGGGACCGCACAUUCAAGCUCCCUCGGUUGUCAUCCACCGCCGUUAAGUAUCAGCCUUGCCAAUCCAUCAAGUUUGUGCUCCUCGAGCUCAUCCACACCUUCUACCUUAAUGCACUUGCCCUGCUGCCGCUUGGGUCUUGCUACCACCACAGCAUGCUCAAGGCCGGCCACUGCUAUGGCCCAUUCGAUCCUGUCUCCAACAUCAUCAUCAACACUAUCUGGUAUAACACUGUCUCCCCACCGACCCAAAAACUUGAGCUUGACGUGAUCAGUACCAAGUGUCUGCUACGCAUAGAGGCUCUCUCCUUCUAUGGCCUUAUUUCUUUCCUCUGCACAUCCGGCAAGAAACUCUAUGAAGCCAUGCACUUCUUGCUCAUUUCUGAGUGCACUCUGGGGAAGACUAUGCCCUCUUCCAACCCUUUGGCUGACUUCGGGGAUCAAAGCAAGAUUUGGCGUGCCUUCAGGGCUGCCGGUGUGGCUGCUUGGCACCCCGACCCUGUCGCGCAAGCAGACUUUAUUUCCUCCUGCAGCCAUACAUUAAUCAGUAAUUCAUUCGCAGGUCCAAAGAUUAAUGCUCCACUCAACUCUGCUGACGUUGACCGCAUUACCAGAAAGAUGUUUCAAGCACCCCCCACCUCUGGCAAUUCACUGCAGCAUCAAUCCGUUCCCAUGCCCAAGCUCUCCCGUCAUGCUCGAUACAAAAUUGUCUGGAUGGACGAGCAUACAAGAAUCUCCAAGAAAGUCAAAGCAGCGCUGGCCUCAUAUGCACUGAAAAACAGAGAACCCAUGUAUGAUCUUCAUGUUAUUUGUGGCGUCAACCAAAAUGUGUCUGGCCCUGUGUACUGUACGGAUGCUGACAAACCCAUUUUCAUAUACCAUCACAUUCAUGUCAAUUUUCUGGCAAGUCAAAGAGGUGGAAAGCGAAAACUCUUCUUCGCUGAACUUAGCAAUGACGAGGCAGAGGAUGGAGGUGUGAAGGUCUUAUGUUGUCCUGUGAACUUUCCCAAACCACACCAAGGUAUCUUAUAUUUUUUUCAUACAGCAAGUAGACUAAACCUACAUGGUAACAUCUGGACAUCUGUGAAACCACUUCUCAGGGUCUCUGUUUAAGUCAAAAAGCUCUACUGCUAGU